CCUGCUCGCUUGUGUCUCGCACGAGGGAUGUUAAUAGACGUUAUUUUACUCUUAUCGUAGGAUUUUUAUAAAGACAAAAGUGCCGAAACGUUCGAAUCAUUGAAUAAGACUGAUAGUGUUCGUAUCGGGGUAGUGGGUGUGAAUAUAGGAAAUUAGCAUAAUGGCAUUAAAUCCACAAUAUGAAGUGAUCGGAAAGGGUUUCGUACAACAGUAUUAUGCACUGUUUGACGACCCUGCUCAGAGACCAAAUUUAAUAAAUAUGUAUAAUACCGAGUCAUCUUUCAUGACGUUUGAGGGUUUGCAAAUACAGGGUGCUAUUAAAAUCAUGGAAAAAUUAACUAGUUUAUCGUUUCAAAAAAUUAAUCGGAUAAUAACUGCUAUUGAUUCCCAACCAAUGUUUGAUGGUGGCGUUCUCAUUAAUGUUUUAGGAAGGUUGCAGACUGAUGAGGAUCAGCCCCAUGCAUACAUCCAGACAUUUGUCCUGAAACCUAUUGGCACCAGCUUUUACGUGCAGCACGAUAUCUUCAGACUUGCGCUGCACGACACGGUUUAGGCAUCAGGCAGACGAAGACCCACCACAUGCCUUCUCACAAAUUUUUGUGCUGAAGCCACUGGGGAAUUCAUUCUUCUGUCAGCACGACAUCUUUCGUCUUGGCAUUCAUGAUACUGCAUGAAGAAAUGUGUCUGCAGAUUCAUCACGAAUAAUGGCAGACAGUUAUCUGAGCCAUGGACUUCCCUCAGAUUGAAAUAAGUGAGCUACUUUCUCAUUAAUAUCCUUUGUCAUCGCAUAUUAUCCCAUUCUUUCUAGAUACUGCAGUUUUUAUAUGAACAAUAUUUGCUUAUAUAUUUGGCCAUGAAAGAAAA